UCAAGAUGGCGACCGCAACAGACACGAGAGGAAAUGUGGUUAAAAUGGACGUGGAUUUCUCAUCCACCGUCGAUGAUCUUCUGCCGAAAUGUGAAGCAUUAGUUAAGAAUGGUAAAAUCCAUGAAGCUUUGGAAAAUCUACUAUCUCUAGAGAAACAAACUAGGCUUGGAGCAGAUCUUGCUUCGACAAGUCGACUUCUGGUGACGAUCAUAAAGAUAUGUUUCGAGCAAAAGGAAUGGGAACUUUUGAACGAGCAUAUCCUAAUUUUAACUAAAAGAAGAAAUCAGUUGAAACAAGCGGUGACAAAAAUGAUCCAAGAAGCUUUCACGUAUGUGGAACAGACACCAAAUAAAGAAACAAAAGUGAAGUUUAUUGAAACACUUCGAACCGUGACUGCCGGCAAGAUAUAUGUUGAGUUAGAAAGAGCCCGACUUACCAAAAUAUUGUCUUCAAUAAAGGAGGAAGAUGGUGAUAUAGCAGAGGCUGCAAAUAUCUUACAGGAGCUACAGGUUGAAACUUACGGUUCGAUGGAAAGGAACGAGAAAGUUGACUUCAUCUUAGAGCAAAUGAGGCUGUGUUUGGCCAAGAAGGAUUACAUUCGUGCACAGAUCAUAAGCAAAAAAAUAAGCAUCAAGUUUUUUGAAAAUAACAAUGAACCAAAGCUAAAGUUGAGAUACUACCAGCUGAUGAUUGAGCUUGCUCAGCAUGACUCAGAUUAUCUGAACAUCUGCAAGUACUAUCAUGCUGUUUUCAAUACCCCAGUAGUUCAGGAAGAUCCAGUAAAAUGGCAUGAGGCUUUAAAGAAUGUGAUAAUCUAUCUUAUCCUGGCACCUUAUGAUAACGAGCAAUCUGACCUAACACAUCGUGUGAAUGAGGAGAAAAAGCUAGAAAAUAUCCCUAUAUAUCAAUCAUUGUUAAAAUGCUAUGUAACGGCAGAGCUUAUGAAUUGGUCUGACGUCUCACAACAGUACGAACAAGAGUUGCGGCAAGGCUCUGUUGAAAAUCCGUCCACCAAUGUUUUCAUGAAUACAGAGGAAGGGAACAAGCGAUGGGACGACUUCCGGAAGAGAAUCGUUGAACAUAAUAUUCGUAUUAUUGCAAAGUACUAUACAAAUAUCACAAUGAAACGGAUGGCAGAAUUAUUGAGUCUUCCAGAAGCAGACACAGAAGACUUCUUAUCAAACCUCGUCGCCUCGAAAGUCGUCUUCGCUAGAAUAGAUCGCCCAGGUGGUACAAUAUCCUUCUUACCGCACAAGGAGCCAAACGAUAUUUUGAAUGAAUGGUCUCAUAAUAUAAACUCCCUAAUGGACCUUCUCAAUAAAACCAAUCAUCUUAUCACCAAGGAAGAAAUGGUUCACGGACAGGCUUCAUAAUUAAGAUUUCAAGAGACUGCUCAGCAUACUUAAAGAUAUUAGUACUUGAAGAUAUUCGCCUUUUCAUUAACAAAUUACGAGAUGUGGAAAACAUUAGAAAACAAAUAGCUAGUGUUAUCGCGUUUUUUUCAUGAAGAAA